CUCAGCUGCUGUAUUGGGUGGAGUCCUGUGCGCUUAACGCUCCACUGGAACAGGAGACCUGCCACAUUACGCACGGGGAGUUCGCCAAGCACGCCUGUUCCGCGAGGAGACGGGAGGGAAGAGAACUUUAAGAACAAAGCUAACGAUUUCAUGUUUUUGUUUACGAAAAGGAAGAGUUUGUUACUCCAUCCCUGUAUACAGAGUGGAGUUUUGGGACAUUUUUGAUAUUUUUCUCUGUAGCCUAUGGUUAUUUUACGAUUAUUUUAAAAGACUGUGUUUGAGGAGAUUAAAAGAUUAUUCAGAGUGAGAGCAGACACGUUCCCGGACGUUAUCUCCAAGGACUGCUCGGAAACCACUGACCCCUCAUGAGAUACCCACAAGUCACCUGGCAUUUGACCCGAUAACCAUGGACGUCCGAGUGCAGGCCAAUCCUAACCUCCAUUUCGGGGUCAACGGGGGUCAUGAUGGCGCUAAUAGAAACUCCCGCAGUAGACCAUUUGAGGAUAACGCACUUCAGUUCUUAAGCCAGGAGGAGCAGGAUUGUAUCCUGUUCUUUGAGGAGACCAUUGACUCCCUUCUGACUGCCCCAGCAGUAGAUGAGCUUGAUGGACCAGGACCCCCCAUCCUGGCAUCUGCCCCCAGCACCGUACCACCCCGCUCAGCCUUGGACAGACCCACCAGCACCAAGGACCAGGACAUCAUAGACCUGGUUCGCCCAGCACAGCCUGAUCUAGUCCACCCCAUACAGGCACCGUUCAAGUCCUCCAUGCCAGAUUUCACCCAGAAUAUGGUGAUGAACAACCCUGAGAGGCAUUUUGAUAACAAACCGAGGCGCGAGGUGAUGGAAAACUUCCCUACAGAGUGCAACCUGCCCCUUCCUGGAAAAGACAAUGCCCCCUAUGGCCACGCCCUGUACCAGCCUGUAGGCUCCGUCCCCACCCCCGUCGUCAUCGCCCAGAAGAUCGCCGAGAACCAGGGGAGCGGAGGGAACACUAACAUCCUCUCCUCCUCCCUCCUGUCCAACCACCGUAGGAACCUUGAUUUGGAGAACAUAGAGAGACCACCCACCUCCCCAGAUUAUCCACUCAAACAGGGUCCGACCACCUCAGCCAAGCCCAACCAUUACCCCGUCAACAUCAGCAUGAUAAUGGGCAGCAACCAGCACCACAGCGAUUCGCUGGCCAGUGUGAACCUCCAGGACAGGAAGUCUCAGAUGCUGGCUAACCUAUCAGGGACGUCCCACCCUGUGGAGGCAGAGGAACUCCAUGGGCUGCAGAAGGUCCAGGCAAACCUUCCCACCCGCAGUGUGUCUUUCAGGGAUCCCACUCCAAAUAAGUCCCGAAUGGAGGCACUGUCCAAACUGGGCUUGAGCCGAAACCGCUCCCCAUCAGGGGAUUUCUCUCUUAUAAUCACCCCCAAGAGCAGCACAAACGCCAAACCCGCUGCUGCCCGGAUUCCGGUUGCCACCCCUACACCCAUUCCUAUACCUACACUGACACCCAUGAGUAAACCAGGCGUGGCCAGACAGGCAAGCCCCUUGCCAUCAGUAACAGUCAACACCAAUAGCUCUCACGCCAGUAUCCAUGACAACAAGCCUGCUUCUCCCCCGCCCGAAGUCUCGUCCAAGGACUUUAACAGCUACGGCGGGAAGACCAUCGUGGUGAACCCCUCUAAGGCUGCUGCUGCUGCUCCCUCCACCAGUAGCCAUGGCAGUAAGGCCCACCCAGUGACCUCUCACAGUGACUUCAACCCUUACGGGGUAAGACUAAGGUAAUGAAACCUGCUCCUGUGACCACAAUCAGGCCUGAUCCACCACAACCAGACAUCCAGAGCAGGACCAUACCUCCCCCAGCAUCCACCUCCGCCAGAGUGAUGCCUCCCCCUGUCUCCACCCCCACCCCAGCCAGAGUGAUGCCUCCCCCAGCUUUCAACUCCACCCCAGCCAAAAGGAUGCCUUCACCAACCUCCACCUCCAUCCCAACCAAAGUAGAAACCAUGCCCUACGAGGUCAACAGCUACGGGGGGAAGACCAGAAUGGUCACCCCAUCCCACACCACCCCCUCCCCCAUUACCACCCCUGAAAUCCUCACACACACUCUAGUGAGGUCCCCCAGCAAAGCUUCAUCCCCAGUGCCUUCUCAAGCCCCCAGACCUUUCUGCUACAGCACUCCCCCUAGCUCCAACAGGGUGGCUGCGUCUCCCCCGGAGCCCCGGCCGAAGUCCGCCGUCUCCAAGCCGUCCUUCCGCUCCCAAGGGAUCACUGUGCAGUUCUCCGGACGGGGAGCGUCGGAUGAGUCGCGCAGGGAUGCACUCCGGAAACUGGGACUGCUAAAAGACACUUUCUAACUCUGGGAUCGCCACCUCUGUCUUCCUUCUUUCAUUGUCUCCUCUGCAUAACCUCCAUUCAGAUUACAGGUGGACAGGCGCAACUAAUGCCUCUGACGUUUUCUUUCUGAAAGGAUGUGAGGUGUGGCAGGAGAAGAUACCUACAUUACUGUGGAAUGAAACAGGUUCCUGGUUGAAACCCGGCACACCAGGUUCUGAGCCAAUGAAUGCUGACAAACGAGUCCGACGCGUCACAUGGCCUAGUUGACAAAUGAGCACGCGUACGUUUUUUUUCUUCAAAUACACACACGCGCACGUGUGUACACACGCACUCGUCAAACACAUACGCGCACAUGCACUCAUACCCACAAAUACAUUCACCCAACAACUCCCACACUCCCACAGAGCUGUUGUAUGCAUCAAAGCUCCGUCUCUUUAUUGUGCUCUAUUUAACUGUAAUCCUACUCAGUGUUUUACAUUGCCUCUGAACCAAGACAUGGUUUUUCCGCUACAUCACAGUAGACAUGUACCUCCUAUUUUUUUCUCUGGGCCAAAACAGACAAAAAACAGACGUGUGCAAAGGGGAACGCAGACAGCUGAAUGUCUUUGGCAUUGGCACAUUUGGCAGAGACCGACGUUUUACUCCCUUCGCCUCCCUCUGAUGUCACAUACUCAGCUACCAGUGAGA